UCCCGCUUUCUUCUUAGAAAGAAUUAUGGUGAAACUAUAUACUUUUAGCCCAGUCCAACAAAACGACGCCGCUGCCUUUUCACGCCGAACGCGUCCUUUUCCCCAUCCAGACCAUCCAAUGGCAUCCCCAGCCCCACAAUUUUGACCAUUAUACCCAAUCCGCCACUCUUCCCGCCAUUGACCUUCACCAUCGAGCAAAUCACCCUUCUACAGCUCUAUUUAUCUCUUCUCCCCUUCCUGCGUUGACCAUUCCCUCCCCUCCCCUCCCCUCUCCUUUCCCCAUGGAUCCCCGCUACCCUCCGCCGCCCGACGACCACCUCCCCCGGCCAAAGCUCCAGCUCCAGGGCCCUCGCCCAACUCCUCUCCGCGUCAGCAAAAUCUCUCACAAAAUCAAAAAACCCCCCGCACCGCCUCCACGGGAUCCCGUCAUCAUCUACACCCUCUCCCCCAAAAUCAUCCACGUCGAUCUCGCCAACUUCAUGGGACUCGUCCAGCGCCUCACCGGUCCCGACCAGCCCUUCUCUCCCGCCGCCAAGCUGGCCACGAUACAGAGCGCCACGGUCCAUGCACCUGGGCUUAACCAUGGGCCGCCCAUAAUAGAUGUGGAUCUCGAAGAGCUGGAGCUGAACCGGCCCGCGACUAACCCGGGUAUUUUGUCGCCGGUUCCGGCUUCACUGCCGCCGAUAUCGCCCUGCUUCUUUUCGCCUUCUUACCUCGACCCUAGCUUUCUGAGCUUCUUACAUGAUUUGAGCCCUGUUGGGUUGGCUGGUGGCCGGCCAUCUCCGGCGGUGAGCGGAGGAAACAUGUUCGGUGCGACUCCGGGUAAGUUCCUGUCGACUCCUUCGUUUCCUUCUCCGGGAGCGGCUAUGUGGGAUUUGUUUAAACAGUUUAAGGAUUCUUAGAGGAGGAAAAGGAAGAAGAGAAUUGAAUUUUGUGGUAGGGGGGGUAGAGAGGAAAAGGUGGUUGGCAGAUAAUUUAUGAUGGUUUUCCCUGACACGAUACACAUGAGCCUUCUUUUUAAUAUUAUCUACACAUAUUGUUGCUACUUAGAUAGCAUUAUUAUCUACAGAUAUUGUUGUUUAUGAAUUGCAUUUGUAUGAUCCAAUGUCGUAUUACAGACUGGUGUGUUUAAGCUUUUUCAAAUUGUAAUUUUUUUUUUAUUUUAUC